CAAGUUAUCCAACACGAGAGCUCUGCAUUACGAAGGUGUGAUAGAAUAAUAGCUGCACAAGUAAUCAUGCUGCUCCCGUCCUUGCGGCACGUCGUGGUCUGUGGUUGUCGAGGUGCAGUGAGAGGAUAUCAGUUUGGCAAUCGAACUCCUUUGAGGCAAUGGGUUGUGAGAAGAGGUCAGUCCACUGUGGUGGCCGAGGCCGGGUCUGCUCAAACAGCUACAGGGACUGCGGUGCCAAACGCGGCGACAAAUCGAAUUGUUGGACGAUGGCUCGUGGGUUGCAGUGGACUUGUCUUGGGCGCAGUUGUUUUGGGAGGGGUCACGAGACUGACAGAGUCUGGCCUAUCGAUGGUGGACUGGCACUUGGUAAAGGAGAUGAAACCACCACAGACACAGGCUGAGUGGGAGGCUGAGUUCUCAAAGUACCAGCAGUUUCCAGAGUUCAAGAUAAUGAACCAUGACAUGACUCUGACCGAGUUCAAGUUCAUCUUCUAUAUGGAGUGGGGUCACCGUAUGUGGGGCAGACUGGUGGGACUGGCCUACAUCCUCCCUACCAUGUACUUCUGGAAGAAAGGCUACUUCAACCGCUCGAUGAAAGCCCGUGUGCUUGGCCUUUGUGGAUUUGUUUUCUUCCAGGGCCUGCUGGGCUGGUAUAUGGUUAAGAGUGGACUGGAGGAGAAACCAGAGUCCUACGACAUACCACGUGUUAGCCAGUACAGGCUGGCCUCCCACCUGGGCUCUGCCCUGUUACUCUACAGUGCUAGUCUGUGGACAGGCCUGACUCUCCUGCUGCCGCCAAACAAGUUUCCUGACACCAAGCGUGUACUGCAGCUUAGAAGGUUUGCUAAAGGAACAGGAGCUUUGGUCUUCCUCACUGCUCUCUCAGGGGCGUUUGUUGCUGGACUAGAUGCUGGCUUGGUCUAUAACUCCUUCCCAAAGAUGGGUGAACUGUGGAUCCCUGACGACCUCCUGGCUUUCUCCCCCACUCUUAAAAACAUCUUUGAGAAUCCCACCACAGUGCAGUUUGACCACCGCAUCCUGGCUAUGAGCUCCUUAGCUGCCAUCACUGGCCUUUACCUCUUUGCCAGAAAGAUGCGUCUGCCCAGGAGAGCCAAGAUUGCCAUUGGCUGCCUUACAGCAAUGGCCUAUACACAGGUGGCUCUUGGAAUCAGUACUCUCCUUCUGUACGUGCCCACGCCCCUGGCUGCCACUCAUCAGUCCGGCUCUGUGGCACUGCUCACCUUUGCCAUCUGGGUCUUAGCUGAGUUACGGAAGAUUGCCAAGUAAAGCAGAGACUGAGUCUGGGCCAUUCUAGGCCCCAGGUGGAACUGUAAUAUCACCCAACCCCAUGGACAAGUUUGUCUCCACUAUGAUUGGCUUCUCCAGCCCCAGUCUAGACCAUCACAAACUUCUUAUCACGAGUGCUCUAUGAUCAUUCAUUUCAUAAAUGUGUUUUUGCUUUAGAAGAAUGAGGAUUUUCCACUGCACGAACAGCCAAAGCUGUUGGUUUUAAGCUGUUUAUUGGUCAAGCCAGAGGGCAUAUAUAAUGUACUUAAACACUCUUCAAAUUGAUUUUUUUUUUUGGUGUGAAGUCAGUACAGGCUGCAGCCAACUGGAGAAGAUUAAUUGGUUGUGAGAAGGUUGGGGAAGUGGCUGUAGUUCUAUUAGGCGUCCAUUUGUUUUAAUAGUACGUUUGCCGCACACUGUCCUUUUAUUAAUGCGGCUGUUGAUGGAAUGGAGAUGCACUGAAAACAUGUUUGAUUUCUUCUAAGUGACUGCAGAGUGUAGUGCAUCAGACAUUGCUGUAUGUUACAGAAGAAAGCAGUUCUCCACAGUUUUUUUUUUUUUUUUUUGCUUGUUUUUUUUUCCAGAGUUUACAGGACUGAGGAAAGAGAAGACAGAGAGGGAAUGGAUAAAAUACUUGGAUAAAGUACUUGGAUAAAAUAAUUUGUAUAGUUAAAUUAUUGCUUAACAUUGCAAUUUGCAUCUUAAAAUGCUCAUAAAUGGUGGAAAGUUGUUGUUGGGAUCAGAAUAUAGAUCUGAUCUUCAAAAGCA